GGCCGCAAAUGUCGCGAGACCUUCGUCCAUCCUCCCGGCGUGGUCCCGCGGCCCACGGCGUCCAGAGCGCGCACGCAAGCCCCGGGAGCGCGGGACACACAGGGCACGCUGGGUCGGCGGAGCUGAGGCUCCCAGCUGUGGGCCUCCCUGGCCCGGUCGCCCAGUCUCGCGAGAGUUGGGAGUAAACAGCCCCGAAUGGAGUGCCCAGGCGUGUUCGCCGCGGAGGCGCCGUUAUCCCGGGCCCGCCGGCCCUGAGCUCCCGGCGGCGCAGAUUGGCUCACAGUGGUUGAUUGAUCAACCCCGUUGGACGUUGGUUCUGUGGUACAAAUGGAGUACAGGACUCAGUCGUCACGGCCUGAGUGAGAGAAGCCUUAUUUCCAAGAUGGAGAAGAAGCGGAGAAAGAAAUGAAAGCCUCUCUUCAGGCUGAACCACAAAAGGCCAUGGGAUUUAACUUUUAUUUACGUUGGACAAGACUGUAAGAUGGCUGAUCAGUAAUGUUGCAGCUUUUAGCUGAAACAAAAAUUCACUUCUAAUCAAGAAGAAAAAAGUGUGAUUUGAAUAUAUGCAAUUUUAUGAUCAUAUUCGCUUGUGACCAUGAAGCUUGUCAACAUCUGGCUGCUUCUGCUCGUGGUUUUGCUCUGUGGGAAGAAACAUCUGGGCGACAGACUGGAAAAGAAAUCUUUUGAAAAGGCCCCAUGCCCUGGCUGUUCCCACCUGACUUUGAAGGUGGAAUUCUCAUCAACAGUUGUGGAAUAUGAAUAUAUUGUGGCUUUCAAUGGAUACUUUACAGCCAAAGCUAGAAAUUCAUUUAUUUCAAGUGCCCUGAAGAGCAGUGAAGUAGACAAUUGGAGAAUUAUACCUCGAAACAAUCCAUCCAGUGACUACCCUAGUGAUUUUGAGGUGAUUCAGAUAAAAGAAAAACAGAAAGCGGGGCUACUAACACUUGAAGAUCAUCCAAACAUCAAACGGGUCACGCCCCAACGAAAAGUCUUUCGUUCCCUCAAGUAUGCUGAAUCUGACCCCACAGUACCCUGCAAUGAAACCCGGUGGAGCCAGAAGUGGCAAUCAUCACGUCCCCUGCGAAGAGCCAGCCUCUCCCUGGGCUCUGGCUUCUGGCAUGCUACGGGAAGGCAUUCGAGCAGACGGCUGCUGAGAGCCAUCCCGCGCCAGGUUGCCCAGACACUGCAGGCAGAUGUGCUCUGGCAGAUGGGAUAUACAGGUGCUAAUGUAAGAGUUGCUGUUUUUGACACUGGGCUGAGCGAGAAGCAUCCCCACUUCAAAAAUGUGAAGGAGAGAACCAACUGGACCAACGAGCGAACGCUGGACGAUGGGUUGGGCCAUGGCACAUUCGUGGCAGGUGUGAUAGCCAGCAUGAGGGAGUGCCAAGGAUUUGCUCCAGAUGCAGAACUUCACAUUUUCAGGGUCUUUACCAAUAAUCAGGUAUCUUACACAUCUUGGUUUUUGGACGCCUUCAACUAUGCCAUUUUAAAGAAGAUUGACGUGUUAAACCUCAGCAUCGGCGGCCCGGACUUCAUGGAUCAUCCCUUUGUUGACAAGGUGUGGGAAUUAACAGCUAACAAUGUAAUCAUGGUUUCUGCUAUUGGCAAUGACGGACCUCUUUAUGGCACUCUGAAUAACCCUGCUGAUCAAAUGGAUGUGAUUGGAGUAGGCGGCAUUGACUUUGAAGAUAACAUCGCCCGCUUUUCUUCAAGGGGAAUGACUACCUGGGAGCUACCAGGAGGCUACGGUCGCAUGAAACCUGACAUUGUCACCUAUGGUGCUGGCGUGCGAGGUUCUGGCGUGAAAGGGGGGUGCCGGGCCCUCUCAGGGACCAGUGUUGCUUCUCCAGUGGUUGCAGGUGCUGUCACCUUAUUAGUGAGCACAGUCCAGAAGCGUGAGCUGGUGAAUCCUGCCAGUAUGAAGCAGGCCCUGAUCGCGUCAGCCCGGAGGCUCCCCGGGGUCAACAUGUUUGAGCAAGGCCACGGCAAGCUCGAUCUGCUCAGAGCCUAUCAGAUCCUCAACAGCUACAAGCCACAGGCAAGUUUGAGCCCCAGCUACAUAGAUCUGACUGAGUGUCCCUACAUGUGGCCCUACUGCUCCCAGCCCAUCUACUAUGGAGGAAUGCCGACAGUUGUUAAUGUCACCAUCCUCAACGGCAUGGGAGUCACAGGAAGAAUUGUAGAUAAGCCUGACUGGCAGCCCUAUUUGCCACAGAACGGAGACAACAUUGAAGUUGCCUUCUCCUACUCCUCAGUCUUAUGGCCCUGGUCGGGCUACCUGGCCAUCUCCAUUUCUGUGACCAAGAAAGCGGCUUCCUGGGAAGGCAUUGCUCAGGGCCAUGUCAUGAUCACUGUGGCUUCCCCAGCAGAGACAGAGUCAAAAAAUGGUGCAGAACAGACUUCAACAGUAAAGCUCCCCAUUAAGGUGAAGAUAAUUCCUACUCCCCCGCGAAGCAAGAGAGUUCUCUGGGAUCAGUACCACAACCUCCGCUAUCCACCUGGCUAUUUCCCCAGGGAUAAUUUAAGGAUGAAGAAUGACCCUUUAGACUGGAAUGGUGAUCACAUCCACACCAAUUUCAGGGAUAUGUACCAGCAUCUGAGAAGCAUGGGCUACUUUGUAGAGGUCCUUGGGGCCCCCUUCACGUGUUUUGAUGCCAGUCAGUAUGGCACUUUGCUGAUGGUGGACAGUGAGGAGGAGUACUUCCCUGAAGAGAUCGCCAAGCUCCGGAGGGACGUGGACAACGGCCUCUCGCUCGUCAUCUUCAGUGACUGGUACAACACUUCUGUUAUGAGAAAAGUGAAGUUUUAUGAUGAAAACACAAGGCAGUGGUGGAUGCCGGAUACCGGAGGAGCUAACAUCCCAGCUCUGAAUGAGCUGCUGUCUGUGUGGAACAUGGGGUUCAGCGAUGGCCUGUAUGAAGGGGAGUUCACCCUGGCCAACCAUGACAUGUAUUAUGCGUCAGGGUGCAGCAUCGCGAAGUUUCCAGAAGAUGGCGUCGUGAUAACACAGACUUUCAAGGACCAAGGAUUGGAGGUUUUAAAGCAGGAAACAGCAGUUGUUGAAAACGUCCCCAUUUUGGGACUUUAUCAGAUUCCAGCUGAGGGUGGAGGCCGGAUUGUACUGUAUGGGGACUCCAAUUGCUUGGAUGACAGUCACCGACAGAAGGACUGCUUUUGGCUUCUGGAUGCCCUCCUCCAGUACACAUCGUAUGGGGUGACACCGCCUAGCCUCAGUCACUCUGGGAACCGCCAGCGCCCUCCCAGUGGAGCAGGCUCAGUCACUCCAGAGAGGCUGGAAGGAAACCAUCUUCAUCGGUACUCCAAGGUUCUGGAGGCCCAUUUGGGAGACCCAAAACCUCGGCCUCUGCCAGCCUGUCCACACUUGUCUUGGGCCAAGCCACAGCCUUUAAAUGAGACGGCGCCCAGUAACCUUUGGAAACAUCAGAAGCUACUCUCCAUCGACCUGGACAAGGUGGUGUUACCCAACUUUCGAUCGAAUCGCCCUCAAGUGAGGCCCUUGUCCCCUGGAGAGAGCGGCGCCUGGGACAUUCCUGGAGGGAUCAUGCCUGGCCGCUACAACCAGGAGGUGGGCCAGACCAUUCCUGUCUUUGCCUUCCUGGGAGCCAUGGUGGUCCUGGCCUUCUUUGUGGUACAAAUCAACAAGGCCAAGAGCAGGCCGAAGCGGAGGAAGCCCAGGGUGAAGCGCCCGCAGCUCAUGCAGCAGGUUCACCCGCCAAAGACCCCUUCGGUGUGACCGGCAGCCUGGCUGAGCGUGAGGGCCAGAGAGAGCCUUCACGGACGGCGCUGGUGGGUGAGCCGAGCUGUGGUGGCGGCUGGUUUAAAAGGGAUCCAGUUUCCAGCUGCAGGUUUGUUAGAGUCUGUUCUACAUGGGCCUGCCCUCCUGUGAUGGGCAGAGGCUCCUGGUACAUCGAGAAGAAUCCUGUGGGUCCCGUCAGGAGGGACUUAGUGGCUCUGCUGCCAGUGAGACUUCCCGCCGGCAGCUGUGCGCACCAAAGACUCGGGAGAACUGGAAAGGCUGUCUGGGGUCUUCUGACUGCAGGGGAAGGAUGUACUUUCCAAACAAAUGAUACAACCCUGACCAAGCUAAAAUACGCUUGUUAAAGGCUAUUUUCUAUAUUUAUUGUUGGGAAAAGUCACUUUAAAGACUUGUGCUAUUUGGAAGCAAAGCUAUUUUUUUUGUCAGUGGAAUGCAGUUUUUUUACUAUUCCAUCAUGAGGAACAACAUAGAUUCCGUGAUCUUUUUAAUGACAGUACACACUGAGAUUUGAAGGAAACAUGCACAAAUCUGUGAAACAUAGACCUUCGCUUUAUUUUUGUAAGUAUCACCUGCCACCAUGUUUUGUAAUUUGAGGUCUUGAUUUCACCAUUGUCGGUGAAGAAAAUUUUCAAUAAAUAUGUAUUACCCGUCUGAAGCUUAAA